AUGCCUUUUUUCCCCGACAACCGUGGAAGUGGGGGACAAGAACAAGAGGAACAGGAACAGUAUCAGGAACAGACAUCUCUCAAUGCAUCAACUGUUUCUCCAAUUUCCACCGGAUUGACGCGUCUCGAUGAGGCUCUGGCCCUGGACUCGAGUUGCGGAGGGAUCCUACGCGGCAAAGUCACUGAGGUAUUUGGCCCACCGGGCGCUGGCAAGACCUCUCUCGCACUAAAUGUGACAUCCCACGCCCUCCGCGACGGCAAAGUCGUCUGGAUCGAAGGAACAACUCUCAUCGUGAUAGACUCCGUCUCCUCCCAUUUCCCAGCCUACUUCCCCAACGCCGCCGAUCUCAAAGACCAACUCGCCACGGGCAAAUUAUCAGACAAGCAACAGCUACAGUGGCUACUGAAUCGAAAAUGGAACGUCGCCAGUGACCUCGCCACGCAUUUAUCCAGACUCGCUACAAGCGGCAAUCCUGGCGGUAUUGCCGUCCUCGCGCUGAAUCAGACACAUACUAAAAUCAAAAAUCAGCCCCGGGCGACCCUUCACCCUAUUCUUUCGGGCGGCGCGUGGGAAACGACCGUCCAUACAAGAUUGGUGGUUUAUCGGGAUUUACCGGAUGCGCGCUUUGUCGAGGUUACUAAGAAGGGUGGGCGGAGCUUGGCGGUUCGGGUUCCGGAGAUGAUUGUUUCGUUUGAAGUUGGUGCGGGUGGAUUGAAUGAUGUUGGCCCUGGGCGGGAGGUGCAGUCGCCUAUUAUGACGAGGGUUGACAUUGAUACGCCGAGUCGGAAGAGGAAGGCUGAGGAUGAGAUUGCUGAUAGUCAGGAUGAGGACUCUGAGGCGGAGUUUCAGUGGGAUGAGAUAUUGGAGGCUGAGGGUGAGGAUGUGGGUGAUGCUGAGCAUCAGAGCCAGGGCAAGGACCAGGGACAGGCACAAGAGGAUGGGGAUACAUCCGAACCUUAA